AUGGCUCCUAUCGAGCUGCCCACUGGCCGAAGGUCCUACCUCAACACAGCACCUCUACCUGAUAUUCACGACCCGAAUUGGAUCCCUAUGCUGGGUGGAGCAGCUUUUCAACCUCCUUCGCCUACAGUAGAGAAAGAACUCUCACCAUACCAGAAUGCCUCGUUUCCGCCUUCCGCCUCUUUCUCUCUCUUCCCUAACCAGGCCACCUCCCCGAAGCCUCGACCAGGCAUAUCUCACAACUAUUCGAAAAGCUCAUUAGCUCCUGAAAGCGUAAGCUCGGAAUCAAGACCACAGAGUCCUCAGGAACCCGUCGAGCCCGUACCUGUGAUCAGUGAAGCCGUACGGGCUGGUCACCCAGAGAGACUAGGACAUCAUCGACGUCCGACAUCGAUGGGAGGAGCAUCUAUCGAAGAGAAGAUCUCGGUUGGGACAGAGACUCCUGGAGAAAUGAUCAGUGGAUCUAGCACCGAUGGCACAUCAAGUGUGGUUGAGGAUCAGGCUGCUAGCAACCCAGAGACCACCUUGGACGAAGCAAUGAUCAGCCCUUCGUCAAGAUCUUCCAUGACUUCUACACGAAAGGGUUCAGUCUUUCCUCCCACUUCCAAGUAUAAUCGCAAACCCGUCUCGAUGGCUCACUCUAUCGCCCCCUCCAUGGGCCGACCUUCCUUUGUACCAAGCCUUCCACAGACGCCUGCCGAAUCACCUCGACUCGGACCUACGGUACCUGUAAUUCCAGCGGCAACACCAGUGGCACAGCUACCGCCUUCUCCCAGACUAAUACCGUCGGAGCCGCCACCAGAGCCAGAAUCUACCACUCCCAAGCUUCACGCAAUGAAAUCAUCAGCUUCAGAGAGACGCCAACGAGCUUUGCAUUCUCAUCCCUCGAACAUUUCUCUUCGAUCGCGACGUAAUUCAAGUUCAGAUGAUGCAGAAAUAAUAUCCAAGCCACCUUCAGUGCGUCAUAAACCACGAAAAUCAACCGACUCACGGCCAACCACCCCUCGAUCCACCAUCUAUGAUUCUCAAACCCCAACUCCAGCUCCAACUGCACCUUUACCUCAACUUCCUCCUCAAGCACGAAGACCGUCAACGCAUGGCAAUGGCCCACGAAAGUCGCCCCUUCUCCCAUCAGAAAACCCCGUCCCUUCAUUACACCAAUUCAAACCAUCCGAACACUCCGAGUUGGCAUCCUUCAUGACCUCGGAAAACACUGUGGUAUUCCGGAGAUUCGAUGAUGUCCAUGUCCGACUUCUGCUGUGUCUGCAAGAUGAGAUUGCUCAACUCGAGAAGGAAAUCCUGGAACUAGAAAAUCCCAACUCUCAAGGCUCUGCAUCUGAGAAGCUCCUAAAGAGAACGAGAGUGCUACGGGAGUUGAGGAAGGUAGUGGCAGAAUAUGACAACAUGCUUUCCAUGUGGAAUAAGAUGAAGGCGAACAGCGUGGACGAGAAGACCUCGGAUGAUCUGAAGCAGUGGCUUGAGAAACCACGAGAUGGAACAGAAGCCGGUCUGGGCAUUGACGUUCAGCAAGACCUCGCCUGGGCGCAGAACAGUAAAGAUCUGAGCAGCAUAUCGCUCAAGCAAGAGAAGGCACCAUCGAUAAAAGAUAUGCCAACAGAGAACAAAACACCCAGCAUGAAGAACGAAAGUGGUGCCAACACUGGUGGUGGUGGCGGCGGCGGCGGCUUUCUCGCACUAUUUGGAUGCGCCAGUAAGAGAAAAUAA